CGGCUAUACAAAGAGCAAUUAUGCUCAGUAAUCCUCGACUGCUACGAUGUCGAACUUGUGCAAGGAGGUACAUAAACUCAGCAAGCAAAUGUAACAAGCCAAAGGUUAUUUUCUCCGGAAUUCAGCCGACCGGCGUGCCCCAUAUAGGAAACUAUCUAGGCGCACUCAAAAACUGGGUCAAAAUGCAGCAGGAGGCCCGACCUGAGGACCAGCUAAUUUUCUCCGUGGUCGGCUGGCAUGCUUUAACAUUACCUCAGGAUCCGAAAAAAUUGCUCGAAGCAAAGAAUGAUAUUUUUGCUACAUUGAUAGCAAUUGGGCUCGAUCCGCAAAGAUCAAUCAUAUUCCACCAAGACCAGAAUCCUGACCAUGUUGAGCUUGCUUGGCUACUGAACUGCAUCACACCUUUUGGAAAAUUACGGCGUAUGACGACGUGGAAGAGCAGACUCGCCGUUUCCCGGAAUGCUAAUGACGAAUCGGAAGUUGAUGAAUCCAUGCUGAAUACUGGUCUGUUCACCUAUCCCGUUCUACAAGCAGCAGAUAUCAUGGCUUAUAGAUCGACGCACGUUCCUGUCGGAGAUGACCAGCAACAGCACCUCGAGUUGUGUCGCGACCUUGCGGAAUCGUUCAGUCGGACGACUAACAAUUCAUUUUUCCCACUCCCUACUUGUGUAAUCAACCCCUCCAAGCGCAUACUUUCGUUGAAAGAUCCAUCGGCUAAGAUGUCAAAAUCUGCUGUAGACGAGAAUUCUCGCAUUCUGCUAACAGACGAUGCGACAAUCAUCCACAAGAAAAUUCGUAGUGCCGUCACAGAUUCACUUCCGUACAUAAGUUACGAUCCCGAGGCAAGACCAGGAACAUCCAAUCUCCUUACUCUCCUUGCCGGUUGUAUAGAUGAAGACGUGCACGAUGUCGCUGAACGAUAUCGAGAACGAAAUCACGGUGCUCUGAAGAAUGAUCUUUCCGAGGCACUUGAGGAGACACUGAAAGGGCCACGUACCGAGUUCUUCAGGUUGCGAGCAGAUCCCGGUCAUAUUCAAACGAUUGCUGAUUCGGGAGCUGAGAGGGCUAAAAAGAUAUCCGGAAGGACGCUUUCUGAAGUACGGCGGCUUGUUGGAUUGUGUUGACAAUUUUUCCUUGUUUUCCGGAUCUUUUUUGGAGAGUACGAUAGACCGAGUCUAGACACACUCAUAAUCUAACGCACAGCACCCACCUCAGUUAUCAGAGUAAUGAAAUUACGCUAUUACAUCUAAACUCAGAGAAUAAUACAUUCGUUCAGCAUUGCAGAACUGGGAAAAGAGGCGAAAGA